AUGAGCGACUCUGGUGUGGUUUCUGCGUUAAGGGAUCGCACGUAUAUUUUAGCGCGUGGCGGUCGUGUCUUUCCUGAUCGUAAUUUCACCGCUGGAGCAGUUAUCCGACGACGUUUUGCAGAGAAUACCACUACAUUGGCCGUGAGUGUUGGAUUUGUUCUUCCAGCGAUGAUGCGAGUUCACCGAGAACUUGAUGAGUACGUGGUGGAGGGACGUGAUAUGCCUCUUGGUACAGUAGUGGAUAUUAUGGUAGAAGCUGGAAAAGAGAGUUUGAUGUCUUUUGCGGAUUUAUUGGCUCGUGUGGCGGUGCAAACGGGAAUUGCGUGUCUUUUGAUUCGCAGCAAAUUGCCCUACUGCUACAGUGUAGUGGAGCUUUGGGAGUUGUAUCCACAAUUACAUCAAUAUUAUGUUGCGGAA